AGAAAAUCAUUUCUCAAAAUCGCUCAAAAUGGUCAUUUUUGGGCAAAAUUGCAACUUUCAAGGCGUCUGUAUUGAAAACGAAAGCAUCGGAGACCGUCAAACGUUUACCAAAUACACUUUGGCAUAUGAUCUAUUUGGAAAUAUGGUUGAAAACUAUUAUAAUUGUUCUCUGUUCUACUAAUUCUAGUGGGUUUAAUUAUUUUUCAAAUAACAAUACAUGUCAGUUAAUCGAUAAUUUCACAUUGAACUAUGUACUACAACAAAAUCUUGAUUCAGAAUUUUGUUUCUUACAACCACCUACAGCAUUAUGCACGAAUGUAUUAGAUAAUUCGUUGUUAGUGGCCUAUUUUUCAUUCGAUUCUCCUUCUCCUUUGAGUUAUGUUGGUUCAACUGGUUUAACUGCUAUCGAGAGUGGCCAGAUGACAGUUCCUGGUCAUCUUAAUGAAGCAUUAUUAUUCACCGGAUCAACAAAUUCUUAUUUUCAAAUUGGAAAUCUUGGUGUAGUUGGAACGCGCGAUCAAUCGUUUUCAAUCUCCUUAUGGAUUAAUCCGACUGUUUUAACCGGAUCAACAAUUGUUCAUGUAUCACUGGGUUGGGAAGGUCAGGGUGGCUGGUGUUUGCCAUUUAUUGGUUUUACAAUAUCAGGACAUAUAGCGGUACAAAUGUGGCAGGGAUCAUAUGCACCGUCCGUAAUUGGUCCAAUUCUUCUAUUAAAUACAUGGACUCAUGUCGUAGAAACGUUUAGUGUUGCUAAUGGUUUGAAACUAUAUAUUAACGGUUAUCUUUAUUCAGCAACCUAUUCAAUAUCGCAAUUUUUUGCAAGUGGUUCACCAAUGUUCUUGACUGUUGGUAGUGCUAUAUAUGCUUCUUUUCCUGCGUGUUCAAACUUAGGUGUACUCCCAUUUACGUCUUUUGCCGGCGGUGUUGAUGAAUUAAGAGUGUAUAGUCGAGAAUUAAUCGCAGAAGAUGUUUGUACACUAUAUUAUUUUUAUUAA